AUGCCUCGAAACUCGACCUCAGCGAUCCCUUUGGGCUCUAUAUCGUCGCCUGGAGUCGUGAAGGAGUCGGCCACCCUCCGAGCUAUCCUGAACGACUGCGGGCGACUCGUGAAUAUUCAGGCACUUCGUAGUGGCGACGCUUGCUCUCCCUCCGAUCCUGGUUUGGGGAGCUCGGUCGCGGGGUUUGCUACGGCAAUCGAGCGACAGGUCGACAUCCUUCAACCGAUGCUCAUCGAGCUUAGCGAGCUCCUUCAUCGCGCCGAGCAUCAAAAACAACUGAAUAACGCAAUCCUCUCCCCAGUACGACGCCUUCCUAACGAAAUUCUGGCCGAAAUUUUCCUCUUCUACGUCGUGCACGACAGCCCACGAUUCCCCCGCAUCAGGCCCGACUUCACCUUCUCUCGCGUCUGCCACAGAUGGAGAGCCGUGGCGCUCGGUACGACAGCGCUCUGGACGAGUAUUUCGCUCUGGCCUUCCGAGCCUGCCGAGGCUCACGAUACUCUCGUGCGCGAGCUCGAACUUGCGGGCGAUCGCCCUCUGGACGUGCGCUUUGUCCACCAAUGGCCGUGCGCCGAGAAUGCAGACAAGCCGACGAAAUCCUGGGAGCACCUACAGACUCUGAGCUACCGCUGGCGGACGCUCAGGUUGGAGCUCAACUCCUCGUAUUUCCGGGUCAUGACCCCUCGCCCGGUUGUCUGCUCUUCGCUGGUCGCCCUGUAUCUGAAGCACGAGGUGCUCGAGCCCGACCAGGUGCCCGGCUCGGACGACAAGGGCCACCUUCUGACCGCCUUAUCCUACGCGCCAAUGCUUCGCACCGUCGACAUCCAGGUCCGGCGCGUCCGCGGAGGAUCAUCUCCCUUGCGCUUCCCCAACAGCUGGCGCCUCACCGAUCUGGCCAUUUUCGCCGACCAUUCCGACGGCAGCGUCGCGCGCUUCGUGCCCCUCCUCGAGCAGAAUGCCAAUACGCUCAAGAGGCUGAGCCUGUCUCUGCCGCACUUCGGGGGUACUUUUUACAUGACGCCCGACGUUCUUCCGGUCGUCAGCAUGCCCCAACUCACCGAGCUGACGUGCCGGAUGAAGGCGAUGGAGCUGGUCUCCUCGAUCGACGCACCGCAACUCUCGAGCUUGACUAUCGACCGCGACCUGCGGAAGGCGGACGAUCACCCUACGCACGGGCUGUCCGUCGCACAUCGGAUUGGAACGUACACAAAGCUUACCCAGCUGUCGGUCCUGGAGGUCAAGUGGCCAACCCCUUCGCUACUCGCGACGCUUCGUGCCCUUCCGAACCUUUCGUAUCUGAGGCUCGAGGAGACCAAACCCGGAAAGCUCAUCACGAAGGCCCUUGUCGACGCCAUGACCCGCGGCGAGGUCGACGUAGACGGCGCACUCACGCCACCCAACGCAUCCUGCCCCCUGCCGAAUCUUGCUCACAUGCAUAUGGUGAUCCAAAACUGGGAGACUAAGAGCAAAGAUCUUGAGCCCGCGGUGCGUAAGAUGGCGCUCUCGCGCGCGGCAACUGCGCCCCAGCAUCUGGUCGCGUUCUUCUCCAGUUAUAAGAUGUAA